AUGGCAGAAAUGACAAGUAGCGAACAAGUACACUUGGAAGAAAGUGGGACCCUUUGCGAUACAGAGACGACACUUAGACGACAAAAUACACUGAACAAAAUAGGCAAAAGCUUCUCUAUUCACAUGGAAGAUGACGAGAAUGAAAACGUGUUUGUGAAGAUUUCAGAAGCCUGCAAAUCUGAAGCGGCGAAACAGAGCAGUUCGUUGUUAGAAGUCGCUGAAGGACUAUGCAACAGACAGUCGCCUGGAUCACAGCGCAGGGGCAAGAUCUUUAAAAAACUUGCUCCCGAAGUCGAAAAGCAAGUUUUUAAUGAAAUGCAGCAGGAUCUAUGUAAAAAUAUGUGGCAAGAGGCCAGACUACGAGUAUUCGGUACACCGAGUUCGGAGGCUGGUGGUGACACCGCAGCGAUAUCAAGCUCGACUGACACAGAUCAAGGUGUGUAA